ACAUUUAUUAGUUUUUAACUGUGGUACAUCUAUACAGAGAGGUUUCAAACCUCCAAUCCUCCAAUUUAACCUAUUUGAUCAUAGCGAACUCCAGUAACCACAAUUCCUGCUACUGUUUACAUCCCAUCCGUGACGUCAUUCAAGAAGCGACAAGAUAACCGCUGACAACCUUUUAACUGAAGACAGGUUUAUAAUUAUGGCUUUCAUUUGAGUUUUGUUCUCAAUAAAUAAUUUAGCGCGACAUUGAUUGCUCGAUAAUAUGCUUGUGAAUGCUCUUCUUGCGAUUGGAGACCAGCAAUAACCUUUUAUUUCAAAUUUCGCGCUGUACAGACCGCCAGACGAUAGGCUGGUAUUCAGGCUAGCCGGCUAGCUAAUCAACAGCGAAUUAGUUACCACUGCUAACUCGCUAGCUAACUAGAUCCAAACGUAUAAUAUCGUCAAUUCUGCUCAUCAAAAAAAAAAUGCAAACGACCGACAUUGGAAACAAGGAGGAGGGAAAAGUAUGGCAUCGAAAACCAACACCAAGUAAUACUGGCGUCAUGGUCACAGUGAUUCGCAGUGCAGCUGCCUACCAGUCCAAAACAGUCCGCUUCCUUCAUGUCACCUUCGACACUACAGGGGACUCUUUCCUGGCUGGAGACCACCAUGGGAAUAUUUAUGUCUUAGACAUCACCAGAAACAGGUUUAGACUUGUUCAGAAAACCGGUCAAGCAUGCACUGCCUUGGCAUUCAACUUGCGCAGAACAACGGAAUUCUUGGUUGCUCUUGCAGACUACUCCAUCAAGUGCUUUGACAAAGAUACGAAGCAGCUGGUGAGCUGGAUGCGGGGUCACGAGGGGGCGGUAUCCUCCGUGUCGGUCCAUGGCUCUGGCCGCUACGCCAUCAGUACGUCAGCUGACACGGCUCAGCUCUGGGACCUGGACACCUUCCAGAGGAAGAGGAAACUCAAUGUCCGUCAGUCUGUCGGCAUACAGAGGGUGUUCUUUCUUCCUCUGAGUAACACCAUCCUCAGCUGUUUCAACGAUGACUCCAUCUUUGCCUGGGAGAGUGACACGUUGUUUUGCAAAUACCAGCUGCCUGUUCCUGAUGAGGGACCCAGGAUACACUACAAGGCAUUUUCUGUCACACGUGAUGGGAAGAUUCUGGCUGCAGGGGGCAGAUCCAACCUUCUCCAUCUGUGGUGUCUGGACACCAGGCAGCUGCUUAGAGUGGUCCAGAUGCCUCCCAAGGUUCGCACUGUCAGACAGCUUGAGUUCCUACCAGACAGCUUCGAUGGUGGGGCCAGCCAGACUCUUGGGGUGCUGAGUCAGGAUGGUGUGAUGCGUUUCAUCAACAUCCAGACCUGCAAGCUGCUCUUCAACAUCGGAUCCCAUGAUGACGCCAUCACCUCAGCCACCGUCAGUCCCAACGGACGCCAUAUUGUCACGAUAAUGGACAACGGCAGCCUAAACAUCUACAGUGUUCAGUGUCUGACCCAGGACUACAACAAGCCUCCUCCGUCCCUGGUCAAAGUGGUGUCUGGUGGAGAGUGUUCGGCUCUGACAAUGAAGGUGAAGUCAGAAGCGGUCCAGCGGCCGGCCAAAAACUCUGGUCGACGGGUCAAGACCAAAGUCCUGAGGCCUCCAGCUGUGUCCAUGACAGAGGAUAAAGAGAAUGAACUGCCUGACGGUCUAAACAAGAAGAGACUUGUGGCGUUACUGAAGGCAUUUGGAGAAUAUCCAGCUAAAUACAGGAUGUUUGUGUGGAGGUCCCUCCUCCAUCUGCCAGAGAACCACGCAGCCUUCAGCAGUCUGACCGAUAAAGGCCUGCACUCUGCCUACCUCAGCAUCCAGGAGCGAUACCCCAUCAAGAGCCACAAACUGCAGCGGGGACUUCAAAGAGUGUUGUCUGCACUAGCCCACUGGGCGGCCAUCUUUGGAGAGACAGACUACCUCCCUCUGGUGGCGUUUCCCUUCGUCAAGCUCUUCCAGAAUAACCCACUGCUCUGUUUUGAAGUGGUCGCCACCACUAUAGUGAACUGGUGCCAGCACUGGUUUGAAUACUUCCCCAACCCUCCUCUCAACGUACUGAGCAUGGCAGAGAAUGUUCUGGCUCACCAUGACAAGGAACUGCUGCAGCACCUCAUCGACUGUGGAGUCACCUCUCAGCUGUAUGUGUGGCCCCUGUUAGAGACUCUGUUCUCUGAGGUGCUGACCAGAGAUGAGUGGCUCAAACUGCUUGACAACGUCUUCUCUAACCAUCCUGCCUUCUUAUUGGUAUCUGUGGUCUCCUAUGUCACCUGCUGCCGCGCUCCACUACUGCUCUGCAGCCACAAAGAGGACUUUGAGUAUUUCUUCCAUCACCGUAACAACCUGGACGUCAGCUCCGUGAUAAAGGAGACAUACAGGCUGAUGGAGAGCACCCCAGCAGACAUCCACCCCAGGAACAUGCUGGAUGACUUUCAGCCUCUGACCAGGGGACAGUACCCUGUCUUCAACAAGUACCCCACCUACAUAGUGGAGUACCAGUCUCAGGAGAGAGAGAGGAUACGCCAGCAGGAGGUGGACUACCUCAGAGAGAGGCAGGCGGUGCAGGAGCUGCGUGCGGAGGCGGUUCAGAGGCAGGCUGAGGACGAGGCGUGGUACACCCAGCAGGAGUUACUGCAGCAGGCUGAGGAGAAACGCAGGGACCUCCUACAGCAGGAGGAGAGCAAGCUGGCUGAACAGAGAACCAGGUUAACAGCCAUGAAGCGUGAGUUGAAGGUGAAGGACCUCCAGCUGAUGGAUGCUGCCAGGAGACGCUUCCUGAAACAGCAGCAGGACCAGAGACUGACUGAACUACACAGACUGGACCAGCAGAUACAGAGGAAGAUGAACACCAGAGACCAGGAGACUGCAGCAGCAGUACAGGAUAUACAAGUCAGACAGAUGGAGCUGGAAGCACAGAGACGGCUGUUUGAACAGCAACUGGCCAAGGAGCAGGUGCGUGUGACUCAGGAGGUCAGAGCAGAGGUGGAUACCAGGAGACACAGGUCAGAGGUCGAGGAGGCUACCUUCCAACACCUCCUUAACAACGACACUGACGUCAGCCUGGGAACCAAGAAGGUUCUAGAGGAGUGUUUGGCUGAAGCAGGUCAGCUGGGAGUGGACACCGAGUGGCAGGCUGAGGUGAUGAGGCGUCUGGACCAGGAGGAUGCAGACCGGGACAGACACUACCACCAUCUGGCUGGACUACACAGAGAAACACUCACCAAGGAGCAGCAGCUAGUUAACAUCAUGAAGGACGUGGAGGGACAGAGGUGGGAGGAGGUGGUGUCUCAGAAGGCCCAGCUAGAGGAGGAGAGGCAGGCUGCAGCCACAGCCGAGGCCAACAGGAGAGUCUUCCUCAGCCAGGAGGAAGAGGAGACCGAGCAGCACAGAGACAACCUCCGCAGGAGCCAGGACCACUCACUCAGUCAACAGUGGGAGAUGAGAGCCAGGUCUCCGUGCUCCACUAGAGGCCUGCUUCACAAUCCUGUUGCUUCUCCUGGUCCUCAUCAGUCUCAACAACGUCACAGUCCCAACAACAUCUGUCUAAACAACCAGUCCACCUCAGACGACUCCACUUGCUUCUCUCUGGACCGGGGUCGAGGCGAGCUGGACUGCAGAGAGAGGGAGUUGAUGCAGAACAUCAGAGAGCUGCGGCAGAAACUGGCGGCCCGCGCCAAAAACUCCAACUCUACCACCUCCCAGUAACCACCACACACGAACACACCAGCUGUGCCUUUUUGUUUUGCAUAUCUAGACUUGAAACUGAAACUGAAAUGUUUUGUGGUUUUCUGCUCGUUUGUCCGUUUGAAAGAAGAUGCUGACACUAUUUGACUUAAACAGCUGUCAAUUAACCACAACCCUGGUGUUGACUAGUUAAAGAGGGAUUACAUGAAAGCAUUCCAUGGUCUUAAUGAGAUUUGUAGCAAAACCCUCUCCUGUAUGUAUUUUAAUGUGUAUUUAUAUUUUGUUAUUUAAGUUGUUUUUAAGUAUUGUUGGAUCAGCUUUGAGUCAUUUCAUCUCUGCCUUGUUGACUAGUUUCAGUCUUUGCCAGACUAUACUCACCCGUCGUGCUUUGGUCUGAUGGUGACUUAUGGCUUGCUUACCUCAGCAUAGGUAUCCAGGUCAUUUAUCUUUUAAUAAAGCCUUAUCAAAU